AUGGAUCCUAUAGAUUUGAAAAUUGUAAAGAAGAACAUCGUCGAUGGUAUUGCUGAAUGUGAAAAGCGCUGCUUAAUGCAAUGCACAAAGUGGUUGGCCGAAUUAAACCAUGGUAUCACAGAGGCGCCGGUCGUGAGGAGCACCAAAAGCACGAUAGAUCAGUCACAAAGUGGUAUCGCUGAUUCUGAAUUCGAUUGCUACUUACUGUCGAAAAGCUAUUUUCAUGUACGCGAGUACGAUCGUUCUGCAUACUUCACAAGGAACUGCGUGUCACCGGUACCUAAGUUCUUGCAUCUGUACGCUACGUAUAUGUCGAAGGAAAAGAAACGAUUGGACAAUAUGACCGACAGUUCAGUCGUAAGCUCGGUGGCCCAUGCGAAGGAUUUCUCCGAGCUGCUGAGCACGCUACGGACCGAGCACAGCCAGAAGUCCUUAGAUGGAUUUUGCUUGUAUCUUUAUGGAGUGAUACUAAAGAAGCUCGACCUCACCGAGAUGGCAGUACGUGUGUUUGUCGAGGCGAUCAACGCCGAACCAACGCUUUGGAGUGCCUGGUUGGAACUGGCCCCGCUUGUCACGGAUAAGCGAAUGCUGCACAAUCUGAAGCUUCCGAAUCACUGGAUGAAGAGCAUUUUCGAAGGGUACACAUAUAUUGAGCUAUUCCAGAACGAUGAAGGAAUCAAAAUCUUCGAGCAAUUGCAGAAGAACGGCUUCAGCAAAUGUAUAUUCAUACCGACCCUGCUUGCGAUUGCCUAUUCGAACAAACGUGAUGUCGAUCGGUCAAUCGAUAUAUUCCAGCAUCUGCAGCACGUGGAUCCGUAUCGAUUGGAUAAUUUGGAUUCCUACUCGAAUUUGCUCUUCGUUAAGGAUAUGAAAACGGAAAUGUCCCAUCUGGCACAUAGAGUGGUUGAGAUCAAUAAAUACAGCCCCGAAACAUGUUGCGUGAUAGGCAAUUACUUCAGUAUUCGAUCUGACCACUACAAAGCCGUGUUGUACUUUCAACGUGCCCUGAAAUUGAACCCCCGGUAUCUGUCCGCCUGGACCCUGAUGGGGCACGAGUUUAUGGAAAUGAAAAACACCAAUGCAGCGAUACAAAGCUACCGCCAGGCAGUCGAGGUUAACAAAAGGGACUUCCGAGCCUGGUAUGGACUGGGACAGGCGUACGAAAUUCUCAAAAUGACAUUUUACAGCUUAUACUACUACAAAGCCGCACAACAACUGCGUCCAUACGAUAGCCGCAUGCUGGUUGCGCUUGGAGAAACAUACGAAAAGUUAGAUAAAGUAGCCGACGCAUUAAAAUGCUACCAGAAGGCUUACGACGUAGGAGAUAUCGAGGGAGUAGCCCUGUUCAGUAUGGCAAAGCUGUAUGAAAAGCAGGGUGAGAUGAAUAAAGCCAUACCAGCCUACCUAAGCUUCUGUUCGGAUGAUAAACUGAUAGCCGACAAAGCUUCGCUAUGUCACGCUUACAUUACGUUGGGAAAUUAUUACGAGAAAAAUGAGGAAUUCGACAAAGCAUCCCAUUUUGCAUACAAGUGCUUGGACUAUGAGGAUACGAAGCGGGAAGCUGAAUCAUUACUCAAAACGAUCACCAACAAACGAGCACAUAAAGCAACUACAUCAACGGCAACAGCUGCAGAGGCCGCGAAACCUGCACCCGUCGAAGGAACAUCCGAUAGAGAUAAUACGCAAAAUUAUGGUGAAGAUAUGGAUAUGGAUGAAUCCAACGCAUCCAAACGAGUCGAUAUGGUAAUGAGUGAAGAGGUGGCAACCGAUGAAAUGGUGGAAAGUUCUGGGAUUCCUGAGUUUCAUAUGGAGGACACGUACGAUGUGAAUGAAUAA